AUGGACGAGAACGCUGAUGUCAGAAAAAAAUCACCAAAAAUUAACUCUAUAUCAUGGGGACAUAUGGAUGUUGACGGUAUUGGAAAAGGAAAAGAUUUUAAACUAUAUCCCGGAGGAGCUUCCGAAUGGGAUUGGAAUGUCUCAAAUACUAAACAUACACCUGGUAUUCAACUAAUGGAUGUAGAGGAACUAAUUCGGCAUGAAAGUGAAUAUAUUGUGUUAUCAAAAGGAAUGAAGAAUCAGUUAGAAAUAUCAAAAGAAGUUAGAGAACACCUUGAAAAUGUUAAAGGAUCAUCAUCAAUCAAAGAGUACUAUAUUAAAACAACGGAAGAAGCGGUCGAAAUCUAUAAUAAAUUAGCAAACGGGAAUAAACGCGUUGGAGCCUUAAUUCAUUCAACUUGUUGA